AUGCAGCGCUAUCCAAACACGCCAAUCGUGAGCCUCCCUACUCCGGUCAACUCCCGGCGAGUCGCACGCGAUACCAGCCCUCAAGGCGGUGGGUUAAGGGCGAGAAUCGCGCGACACGGGCGCGAUUUGAUCAGCUGGACAUACCGUGCGGUGAAGGAAAACAUCGUGAGGAAACCUGAAUUGAACCUAAGAACGGCUGAACGUAAACCGACGAGAAAUAGUAGCUUGGGUGCAAUGUAUCAUAUACUAGCUGCUGACCGCGACUACGUCUGCGUAGAA